GGGCGAAACAUCACAAGAUGGCGGAUUUUAUGGAAGAGGAGAAAAAAGUGCAAUAUUUUCCAGAAGGAAGUCUGUUAAAUACAAUGAUCAUAUCGAUUAUUGACUCAGAGAAACGUUUCACUGAUAUUUUGAAGGAACCGUACACUGUUUACCUCAUAGAGACUAAGUGAGUCCAUCGCUUUUUUCAGUUUUUACAUAGAUGGGUAUUUUGUUAUUACGCGUCAUAAGAUUUUGAUCGCUUACCAGUUCGCGUCACCUUUGUAAGAUGCGACACUAGAGUCGAUGUACUAUUAUUUAAAUUGAUCAGCUUCAGGAGUAUCGCGGUAUUUUUACUUAAUUGUUAGUCGACCUGAACUGCGACGCAUCUUUUCGAUUGCCCCCCUGUGACAAACAUGAGAUCUGGUCCUCACAGACUCUCUUGUCUCAUCGUGAUGAUAAAGUUGACCUUAGUUUAAGAUUUAGAAGCGUUUUCUGCUCGGUCAGAUUCGGUAACAACCAAAAUUUCUUUCUUGAGAGGGGCUUGGGGAAGGGGUGAAAGGUACUGAAGUACGUUUUGGGUUUGAGGACCAUUUGACUACAAUUUUAUUCGAAUUUAGGCCUUAAGCCCUGUUCAAACGGUCAUGAUAGAUGAUGAUGGUCGAAGAUAGUUUCAAAUUUUAUUCCCUUUCAUUGACUAUAGUUUGCGUUUAAGUGGUUUGUGAUUGUUGAUGACAGUUAACAAAAUCAUGCCAUGAGAUCUGGGUAAUUGUAAACAAAUAUGGGCUGUGCUGAGAUAAGCAAUUUUGGUGGCAUUUGAAAUUUUAGUCAAAAAGGUGGAAGUUGAAGAUACUGAAGCCUAUCAGGAGACAAUGAGAUUGAACAAUUGGGCUUUCUGCAAAAUUUUACCAUUUGCCAUUUUGGUUUGAGCCCCUUUUUGGCAAAACUAUUGACUGAAAAAGUAUUACUUGCCAUCAUCCAUUGUUCAAAUGCAAAAACUGCCAUAAACUAUCAUGUGGAAUAUGAACGUGUCCAAACUACAUAAUAGUUGAUGAUUGUAGAUGAUGGUCAAUGACAGUGCACAAUUAUUUGUGUUGAAACAUGUGUGAUAGUUGAAAUCAUCAACUAUCAUGACUGUUUGAAUGGGCCUUUAGAAAUAAGAUCUUUGUUGCAAAUUUUUUUGGGGGUUCAUGCAAGAUUAAGAGUUUCUACAAGUCAUUGGUAUCUUCCUUUAAAAGUACAUCUACUGAUGAAAUUUGUUUGUGUUUUUUAUUAGGUACAUUGAUGGGGGUCCUCCUGCUGGAGAGCCUGAUAUGUCAUCCUCCAUAUGGAGAAGAUACAGUGAAUUUGAGCUGUUGAGAAAUUAUCUCAUAGCAAACUUCCCUGCAGUGAGCAAACACAUUAUGUUAACUUUGUUUUCAUAUCAGCCAAUAGUUUUUAGUAUAUGUCUUUCAUUGUAUUUUCUCCAGCAAAUAAAUACAUCACGAAACUCAGUUCACUUGAAUUGAAUUAUCCAAAAAAAACUAUUGAUUUUUGUAGCUUUUGGUUGGAUUGAAAUGGUUUAAAAACUCCUUACUUAGAGUAUGGUAGAGUAAUUUCAAUCAUGCACAGUAGUGUGAAAACGAAAAUGCAAUCUACUUCCUUUGAUCUGUAGUGUAAACAAGAGCCUGAAUCUGCACCAUUUGUGUGAUUAAUAUGCAUGUUUAUAAAGUUUUAACAGAAAGAUCAUUCCUUUCCAGUUGAUUGUUCCCCCUUUGCCAGAAAAAAGGGUAAGUAAAGCAGGAGUUAUAAGUUCACUCUUCUUAUCCAGUGUAUUCAACCCAUUUUUUCCUCUGAGAGAGUGAACUUUUUCAAUUAUCUGUUUCUUUAGAUCAACAUUGCAGCCCUUCGUAUUGCUGCAGAUAAGUUUGAUCCAGAUUUUAUUGAGAAGAGAAAGGUUGCACUCGAGGUAACAACUUAUUUAUAUUGCUCAGCAGAUAACUUUGACCCACAAGGAAUUUAGUUUUCCCUUUGAAUCAUGUUUAUUUUUGUUUUCCUUGUUAAAUAUCAUGGCUUGAUUCUCAAAAUUAUAGAAAAUAGUCCUUUUUGAAGAUGAAUGUGCUUAAAACGACAACCUUUGCAAUUAAAUCUUCUCCUUUGUAUAAGCAUUUGUUGUAAUUGUGUUUGUACUCAAGACAUGAUUUGAUGCUACUCUGGUUUAAAGGUUUAAUGAAUGUAACCGAGAAGUUACCAUUCAUAGAUGCAAUGUUUCAACACUCUUGUAUAGUGCCUUCAUCAGGGGGUGAUGUAAUAGCUGCAGUAAGAGAUCCCUUCGCAUGCUCACUAAUUAGCUGCCCUUUUUUUUGAUGAGGUGUAAAUAGGCGUCAGAUAGUAAGCCACCAUCAUCAAGAUUUAGAGGAGUGUGGGCAGAGUUGAUAUACCUGGCUUCCAAACAAAGGCACUGGUGGUAACAUUGGUUAGUGGUGAUAAUUUUUGAAUUAUCACCCCUGAUGAAAGCACUAGACAGGCAUUUAAGAAAAUAAACGAUGCUUUUUAAAAACACAUUUUGACAGUUCUUCUGUCAUCUUCAGUUCUGGUUUUAAAAAGUACAAAGGUUAAUUUAAAGUGUGUAACAAAAUGCUGAUUGAACAAACAACAGUAACAGAAUAAUGUAUGUAAUUACAAGGAAAUUUUUUAAUUAACAUGAUGAAGUUGAUGAUUAAGUGUAGGUUUCUCCCACUGAAUGUGGAUAGCUUCUUUAAUUUUAAGUUGGAAAGUUGUGGAAGCAUGAUCUAAGAUGCAAAAACACUCAUCAGAACAUAGAGUGGGACAUUGUGGAGAAUUAUGUAAAUGUUUGAAGGGUCUUUCACGCCAAACAUAUUAUCUAUUUGAAAAGAUGAAAAAUCCAACUUAAUAUCUAUGUUGUUACAACAAUGCUUAGCAAAGUGGCAAACCCUUUUUUGCACUUUUCACUAGGCAGGAGUUUCAUGUCUGAUUGUCCACCUGGUUGCCUUGUGAACUUUAAUAUAUGUGUUUGUACUGUUUGGUAUUUCAGAGUUUUUUAUUAAGAUGUGGGGCUCAUCCCCAACUUUCCCAGGACCUCUCAUUUAUUUCAUUUUUCAAUCAGGUAAGUUGAUUUUAAUCAUAAUACAGAGAAGAAUAGCAUCUUAUCAUAAAUGUGCUAAAUAAGUAUUGUCAGUUGUAAUACACAAAAACCUGUUUGAGUAUAUUUGAACCAAGAAAGCAUUUGAGUUUUAGUUAAAAAAAAUUGAAAAAUUCCAUUUAUAUGUGAAAACAAUAUGAUCCUUAGUGUUAGUGUUUAUUUUAUAGGAAGAGGGAUGGAAAGAAGCUCUGCUGGCAACAAAUUUUCAGAGCAAGGUAUGGACAGUAGUAGCAGGGAGUGAUGUUUUGACAAGUAGAAGUCAUCAUCAGAGUCAAGUGGAGAUAUGUUUGUCAGUCAAGUGUUUUUUAGUGUAAUUUGUGAAAACUGAUUGGUCAGGUUUGCUGUGAUUUUUUUUUUUACAGGUUGACUCGAGACUAAAGAGUUGGAGUGCUUCUCCUAAAGAACCAGACAGGUCAGAUAUCUUCCACUGAUUACUAACUUUGAUUGUUACUUUACCAGCCAGGGAUGGUUUCUUUUGUAUUUAAGAUCACUGAAAAUAGAUUUUAAAUUACUAAAUAUAAAAAAAAAAAAAAAAAAAAAAAAAAAAAAAAAAAAAGGAAAAUUCCAUAGUUAAUGAAUGGCUUAUUGCAUAAUUUUAAAAUAAUUUAACCAUUGAUUUAUAGUACUAGUAUUAUUAAAGUAAUUUUUUGUUGUUUUCUCUUUUUUUAUUAGGAGAUUUGAAGACAUGAAACACUAUGCUGAAAAUCUAGGAAGUAACGUUGGGGCUAUGAUAAAAGUCAGACAGGUAGUUAAUUUUUUUUGUUUUUUAAUAAUAAUAAUGUUUUUAGAACCUUUGAAGCUUGGUGCUGUCUCAGACACCUGUCCUAUACAAUCCCUUAUGUCAAUACAGUUGCUCAGUAAUGAGUACUUUUUAAUAAUUGUAUGUUUCUUUUUUAUUACAUUAUGUAUUUUUAGCGUAUUUCAGAUACAAUAUUUUCCAUCCACAAACAACAUGCCACCUAUGGAAAGACUUUUAGGUGAGUAACUUUGCUCUUGUGGUUCAUAAAUACCUACAACCUUCAUUACAAUUUUGUCCAAACAACUCUUCUUUCCUGCUUGUAAAUUUUGAUGAUAGUGACACAAGUAGACCACAUAAGAAAUACAAUCAAACAAACAAAAUAAAAAAAAAAAGAAAGACUUAACAUUACAGGUGAAUGGAUUGUUUCAACAAAACUUGGUUAAGGUUGUCAGCUUUUUCAACCUACAUGUAGAAGAAUCUUUGUCUGAGUAACUAAUGAGUGAUUUUUUCUUCCUAUCAUCAACAGUGAGUGGAGUUCAUUGGAGAAACAGAUGGGUGAUGAUCUACAAAAAUCUGGCCAUUACAUGGACAGGUCAGCAGCUGGUUUUGAUUACACCAUUAUUUUGAUUGAAGAAAUAUUUUAUUUUUUCUUGGCACAAGGGUGUUGAUCAAGUUGCUUCUUUCAAAUAGUUAAAAUUUAGUGAAUAGGCAUAAAAUUUGUAAUAAUUCAUAUGUAAAAUACCAACAGAUUUUCAGCAUCUGUUGAUGAAGCACUUAAUGAAGAUGAAAUGGCAUUCGCAGAACCACUCAAGGAAUAUCUACACUUCUCUGAUGUGUUAAAGUAAGUAUACCUCUUUUUCAUUGACUGGAAUUUUUAAGCCAUGUAUUGCAUGGCAGCCUUAUGUUAUCAUGAGUGAUGGUUAUAAUUUUUUAAUAAACUAAACCUGAUAUUUCUACCUAGUAAACUUUUGGUUUUACUGGUAAACUUAGUAAUAAGCUUGAAUUUGUGCUACUUAAUAUGUGAAGCACACAGUGGUCAUGGAACAUGUUACAUGCAUCACAUCACAUUUUGGUUCCCUAUUGAACUGUCUCUCUUCUGUGUUUCAGAGGUGUAGCAAGUCGGCAGCUUCUUCGUCAGUAUGACAUGGAAAAGGCAGAAGAUACUUUGAAUAGUAAGAAAACACAGAGAGUAUGACAUGGUACAUCAAAAGUACAAGAAGAUACUUUGAAUAGUAAGAAAACACAGAGAGAUGAUUUAAAUGCUCAGCUGUGGGCGUCCUCUCGUCUACUUCCAGUGGCUAGCUCACCAUACAGUAAGUCUUUGGGGAUGCGGCCGUCUGGCAUGCAAAAAGGUAACGGAUGGUGGUGUUUCUGUUCCUUGUUCCAGGACUUUUAAGCCCAAAGUCUUUGCAGGGCAAUAUGUUACUUUGCCCACAACGCUGAGUAAGGAGAUGCCCCUGUAGUUGUUUGUACAUCAUUAUGUAAAUGAAGUGUUUGAUACAAUGCCUGGAGCUUUCCUUGUGUAGCAGAGAGUGUUGGAGCAUACACGCUGACGAGAGUUACAGGGCCUGCCGUGGUGUUCAGGCAGAGGGUGAGGAGUCGCUCUGAGCCACUGUUGCCUGGCUUUACCAUGUUCAGCAGGUUGUUCUUCACUGCAAAGCCCACCCCAUGUUGACGCGGUACAUUGGGGCUUUUCUCCUGCCAGAAGAAGGUGUAGUCUUUCUCCUUCAGUCUUCCAGAGUCUGCAAGUCGUGUUUCUUGUAAGGUGGCAAUGUCCACGUUAAGCCUCCUAAGUUCGUCGUUAAUGAUGGCUGUUUUCCUGGAGUCGCUGACGUCCUGAAGGUCUUCUGAGAGGCCCGUCAGCAUUGUUCUAACGUUCCGGCAGCCUAGUUUCAGGACUGGUUUCUUUUGAUGAUUUUUGUUAUUGCCUGGUGCAAAGUUUGCAGUCUGCCUGUUGGAUAUCUCCUAAUCUCCAUGCACCCAAUGAAGAAAGCAAACCGUGGCGGGACAGCACCUUAUUGGCUGGGGGCUGCCCAGCUUGAGGCGGGCGGUAGCUGUCAGUGGGAUUCAAGAUCCCUCCCACCGACGAAAGAAACGACCCUGGCGCUUCACUCACGCCAAUCGAGCAGUAGCUUAUCACCGUAAACUGCCAUUCUCCGUGUUGUGUCUACGUCAUGGGCGUAGCUGGAGUGUCCUCUCCAGGUGUAGUGCGAGGUGUGUUGGUGUGUAGUGUAGGCGGAUGCUAGCCUGGGCAGUGUUUUAUGGAGAACAAGCUGUUGCCCAUGUAACAUGUUCCCCUCUCCACGUCACUGAUGGGGCCAAAGGAACAACAAAGGUCGUUACAAUUUGGGACCAGUGCCGUCGCAGGAGCUGCCAGCACGGGUUGAAUUCAACGAGAGCUGCCUUAGGGACUCCAACUCCGGAUUUUUUCCUCGAGGUUUACUCCUGAAGCCUUUUCCAUGUGUGGAUAUAGCCGCAAGGCAGCAGAGGUUUGGGAUAAGGGUUUUCCUCCCCUAGGUAAACUGCCUUUCCAGGCUACCUGCCCUGUAGGCUGAGGUCCAACCUGUCCUACCCCAGUGCCCAGAGGGUGUUAGUAGGCCCACAUUAUUAGUACUAGAGGUUUGGGAUCGGGCACCAGACCACUUACAGACCUUUCACCUGCUUGAAUUGCUCAAGGUCAUCUACCAGCUUGUGUAUGCAAAGAAAUGCUUAUGCCUGAGGGCUUCUAAUGAUGUUUUUGAGUCUGAUGGAUCCCUACUCCCUUAAAACCAUAUUCAACUGAAAAAUUAUGAAUACUAUUAUGCAAACACUACUGAUUUCUGUAAAAUUUCAAGUGUGUCAAUUUAAAUUUGUGAGUGUUGAAUGUUACACCUCUCUGUUGAGUACAAAAUUGAGAACAAUCCAUUUUUUUGGAGAUAUCUUUUUUAUGUAGUCAUUAAAAUCAUAUUUAUUUUGUUUGUAAUGAUUAAUGAUCACCAUAUUUGUAGGAAGCCUUAGAAAGUGGACAGACCCCACCCAAGUCAGGAGGAUUUUCAUUCAGGGGAUUGUCAUCCAUGAUUUUUGGUGCUGAGACUCCAGAAGUGUUAGAGACCAAGAUAAACAAUUUGGAUGAACAAAUAAAUGAUGCUGAGGAAAAUGUGAAAACCACAAAGGAGGAAGUUAGGUUGUUUUAUUUAUGUUUGCAUAGAUUUACUUUUAAUCACUCAUCCACACAUACUAAUCUCAUUGAAUUUUUGGGUUUAAAUAUUCCUUUAAAGAGAGAGUUGCUUUUGAGGUUUCCUCCCCAGUUAAGUAGUAUAACUUACUGAUUAAUGGUAAUUGAUUCAUAUUUAUUACAAUGAUGCUGAUGGUCUUGUUGUUAUGCUGUUAAAUAUGACCCACUAGAGUCACUAUCUCCCCCCUUCUCCCUUCCUCUCCUUACCUUCCAGGGUUUGCUCAUGCUACAGUGUACUUCUCACAAACAUUUGACAAAACCAUAAUUUCAUCUGUUUCCUGUUUCCCUUUUUUUUUUUUUAAUUCUCAUUUGAUAUUUCUCAGAAUAUUCAAUGAGGAAGCACUAAAAGACUAUGAACGCUUCAAAAAACAAGAAGUAAGAGAUUUGAAGGAAGUGUUAGCAGCACAUAUCAAGACUCAAAUAAUGAUAUGCAAAUUGGUAUGUGCCUGAUUUACAUAUAAUUUUUACAGAUUGCAUGUACUUUUCAUCCGAGAUAGACCUGCAUUUCAAUGUAAUAAUAAAAUACCAAAAUCUGGGAGAUAUUUUUCCAGACCUUGAAUGUGAAUUCAAAAUUUAAAAAGCACUUUUUACAAUGAUUUUCCUAUUGAGUUUAAUAACAAGUCACAGUCAUGAAAUAUUAGCAAGAUUUUAAGAAACUUGGUACUCCUUUACUCAUCUAAGUGUCAUGGCUUCUUCUAUGUACUGCGGUAGAACUGUGUGUUUCCUAGGCAUCAUUGUUAAAAUGCGAAAAGGUGAAACUUGUGCAGAAAGAGCAUUGAAAUGACCUUGAAUUUUCUUCCUAAAAUCUGUAACAUGUGGCAGUUUACCAGUAUUUAGUUGCUUGUGAUGUUAACUUCAAAUGAUGAUAAUGUACAAUGUGAGAUGUGGAAUUCCACAUUUCAUUGUCAAUGUUUUAUUUAUUUCGUAGGGGAUAUCUACAUGGCAAGAUAUGAAAGAGACAGCAAAGACUUUGUAA